UUCCACCGAUCUAAAUUCAAGGAAUCCCAAAAUGUUGUAUUCUCUGUGAUGCAGCAUUAAGACCGUGUUUGGGUGAACCAUCAAAUGCAAGAAUCAAUUAAUCUAAUAUCGAACAUGAAGAGGCUUCAUAGUAGGAAUCACGACGAGGAAGAACUCAAGUCGGAGUCGUACAAUCGCUCUUCUUCAAUUUCCAAUAGAAAAUGUUCUCUAUUUACUUCCACGCGCUUCGCUUCUCUCUUUCUCCUCACUCUCUUUCUCUUCUCUCUCUCAUUCAUUCUUCCACAUUCUCCAUCAACAAUAACAACUACUUCUCUCCUUCAACUCAAACAAACUCAACAACAAGGCUUGAACAUUGGUGCCUCUGAUUCUGCUGAGUUCCUAAAAGAUACACUACUUGGUGGACUUCUAGCAGCUGGAUUUGAUGAAAGAUCCUGUCUCAGCAGGUAUCAUUCAGUUAAAGGACUAUCAGGGAAUCCAUCUCCUUACCUCAUUUCUAGAUUACGAAAAUACGAAGCUCUCCACAAAGAAUGUGGACCUUAUACCAAAUCCUAUAAUAAAACGGUGAAAGAUCUCCGUUCUGGUCUUUUAAGUGAGUCUCCAGAUUGUAAAUAUGUAGUAUGGAUUUCAUAUAGUGGGUUAGGAAACAGGAUAUUGACCUUAGCUUCUGCAUUUCUUUAUGCUCUCCUCACGAACCGUGUUCUUUUGGUUGAUCCUGGAGUUGAUAUGGUUGAUCUCUUUUGCGAACCGUUUCCAGAUGUUUCCUGGUUUCUCCCUCCUGAUUUCCCUCUCAACAGUCAAUUACAAAGUUUCAAUCAGAAAUCUGAUCAAUGUCACGGGAAAAUGCUGAAAAAUAAAUCAGUUACAAAUUCCAAAGUGCCUUCUUUUGUCUACCUUCAUCUGGCCCAUGAUUAUGAUGACGAGGAUAAGCUUUUCUUCUGCGACGAAGACCAAAAAUUUCUUCACAAAGUACCAUGGUUAGUGAUGAGAACCGAUAAUUACUUUACUCCAUCACUAUUCUUGAUGCCGUCUUUUGAGCAUGAGCUCAGUAAUCUCUUUCCAAACAAGGAAACAGUUUUCCAUUUCUUAGGAAAAUAUCUGUUCCACCCCACAAACAAAGUUUGGGGACUUGUUAUUAGAUACUAUGAAGCUUAUUUAACUAAUGUUGAUGAGAGAGUAGGGAUCCAGAUAAGAGUUUUUGACACUAGACCAGGUCCAUUUCAACAUGUAUUGGAUCAAAUAUUAGCUUGUACUUUGAAGGAGAAUCUUUUGCCUAAUGUUGUGAAGAAGCAUGAUAUACCUAGUUCAUUUGGAAAAUUUAAGUCGAAAGCAGUACUAAUGACAUCCUUAAGCUCUGGUUAUUUCGAAAAAGUAAGAGACAUGUAUUGGGAAUUUCCAACAGUGACCGGGGAAGUUGUUGGAGUUUAUCAACCAAGCCACGAGGGACACCAACAAACUGGGAAGCAAAUACACAACCAGAAAGCUUGGGCGGAAAUGUAUCUGUUGAGUUUAACCGACGUGUUGGUCACUAGCUCAUGGUCUACUUUCGGCUAUGUUGCGCAGGGGCUUGGAGGUUUGAAACCAUGGAUACUAUACAAACCUGAGAAUGAAACAGCUCCUGAUCCUCCUUGUCAACAUGCGAUGUCAAUGGAGCCGUGUUUUCAUGCUCCUCCAUUCUAUGAUUGCAAGGCGAAGAGAGGAACUGAUACAGGUGCACUUGUUCCACACGUAAGGCAUUGUGAAGAUAUGAGCUGGGGUCUUAAGCUUGUAGACAAUUAAUGGUUAGCUCAUGAAUACUAUUUUGACAGUCAAAACUGGCUUAGAAGUCUAGAAAAUUUAGUUGUACGAUAAAAUUAGUUAUUGAUUUCAAAUUUAUCUAGUUUUCCACUAUUUUUCAGUUAAUUGAGUAGUGCAUGGUAUAUUGAUUAGCAUCUUAAGGUUAUUAGAGUUAUCUUUCUUUCAUAUUGAAUAAUAUUUCUGUUCUGUUAAAUAUAGUUCAAUAGGAUCCUUUGAUCCUCUCCAUUUGGCGAGGAAAUGAAGAUCUCCAUUUGCUGUCAUUAUAAAAAAAUUUAAAUGGUAGAGAUUUAAUCUUUAUUAAUCAACUACCAAUUGUAAUAAUAUAAAUAAGAAAUGGUUAUGUUGUGUUCUACUA